GUAGGCUAGGGCAAGUGGCUGAGGCUAAGGACUGCAAUUCCAUCGAGCCGAGUUCAUUUCAGUCAUCCGCUCAGUACACAGACGGGACAAGGAGAACAAUUUCAGCGCUGCUUAUUUGUCAAAGCCCCCCCACCCCCCAAAAAAGCCUCUAGUGAAAAUGGUAAAGUACAUGAGACAGCACGGCGAGCUGAAACCCGAAGAGGUCCUGUCGGAGUCUGAUGCGUCCAUGGACCAGCAGGAUUUCGGAGAGAUGUCCGACUAUUCUUUCAGCGACGUUUUAUACUCCAAAUGUUCCGCAAUGGACCAAAUCGGCACUUUUAUGAAGAACGUGCAAGUGCUUCUCGAUGCAGCAAAUUACAUAGAAAAUAUCGAGAAGAGCAGCGGAAAGUGUGAGCAUGGGUACGCUUCAACAUACCCUGCAACCCAGACUGCACAUCAACAUAAACAGCGUAAAUUCAAGAACAGAAAAUUGGACAAUAUUCACAAUAGGUCAGCACACAAUGAACUGGAAAAAAAUAGACGAGCACAUCUCCGCCUGUGUUUGGAGAGGUUGAAGUCCCUCAUCCCUCUGGGACCAGACUGCAGUCGGCACACCACACUGGGACUGCUCAACAAGGCCAAAGCACAUAUCAAGAAACUUGAAGAGAAUGAUCGGAGGAGUCAGCACCAGCUGGAGACCUUAGAGAGGGAGCAGAGGCACCUGCAGAGGCAGCUAGCCCAGCUGCAGACUCACGGAGAGAGGGAGAGGGUCCGUACGGACAGCCUGGGCUCCCGCAUGGACUCUGACCGCUCAGAGUCUGACAGAGAGGAGAUUGAAGUUGAUGUGGAAAGCACUGAGUUCUCCCAUGGAGAAAUGGACAGUGUAAGCACCAGUGGUGCAAGUGACCUGGAUGACCACAGCAGCCGGCAGAGCUCGGCAAGCGAUGAGGGCUACUCCACUUGCAGUCUAAAACUGGCCUUCUCUGCUUAAAACACCAGCCUAUACUUUCACUUCAGCUGCAGUCUUUUAUGGCUUUCACCUUUCAAAAUACCAGCCUACAGCUCCAUUCUCCCUCGCAGUUUAGGUUAACUGUCCUCAGAAGAAGAACCAGCCUCAAUCCCACCUUGACCUGACAAAUGAAAUGUCUACUCCACCCCGAGAACCAGCCUUAAGUUCAACUCAGUCUAAAAGUUUCAAAUGUUUCCCUCCAAAAGCCAGGGGGCUCCUCUACAUCAGUCUGAAACAUUUUACACAACAGCCUCAAAUUUAACUUCUCUGGCAAUAUACAGUUUCCUCAUUUUCAAAGUUGACUUAACCAAUUACCUGAAUGUCCCAUAACCCUAUUACCAGCUCAACCAUACCUGCACUCAAUACUGAUCCCGUAGAGAUCAUGAUCGCACCAGUGUCCAACACUGAAGGGGAAACUCUACCUUUAGUCAAGUUGAUCCUCUGAAACCAGCAAAAACACAAACAAACCCAAUACCAGCUAGAAGCUCACCAUAGGGAACGUUUGCUCCAUUUGCCUUGUAAAAACAUUGCCCUUUUUCUUUGGAUAACAUAUCCAGACGGCACUUCUUGUCAGUGUACAAGCCAGUGGCAAGGGCUACAAUGUCUGCAUUCCAAAAUGUAUAUUACACUUCCAUAACCUCUGCUUUAGGACCCACAAACCAUCAUUGAUCCAUGUGGCGUCCCUCCUUUUGACUGAAAUACAGUCUAUCCAAACAGGUGGUGUAGUCCACCCUUGUUAUUCUAAUUUAUUUUGCAUAUGAUUAUAGUAUUUAUUUUUGGUAUAUUUCAAUUUGCUGUAGCUAGUUCUUAGUCAUGCUUGAAUGAAAAAACAAAACAAACUCUGCUGUUAAAAUAUUUUUUUCAUUGUUUUUUUAAUGUUUACAAAUUUACUUGAUAUGAAAUUAAUCCCCACUGAAGCAUAUGCAGUGCUACAGGUUUAAUGCAUUACUCAAUGGUGUUUUGUUGAAAGAAUGACACAUCUCUUUAACACUGCGCAAAUUGAAUUUUAUUUAGACAGUAAUAAGCUAUCCUGCACUUGUCCAAGCACAAGGCUCAAGCAAUAACGCGUCUAGUUUUUAUCAUAUCUUCAGUGUUGGCUGUGUUUAGCCCACUAUUCUGUCCGUCCAACACCAAAUUGCAGUUUGCUAGUUUUCCACUUGCUCCAUUAGUGGUAUCAGUUAUUAAUAAUCAGCAGUAAAAUGAUUGUAAUUGAUUUUAAAAAGCUAUGGUGCAUGUGUGUUGAAUGUAGCUAAUCAUGUUGUAAUGUAAUUUGGAUUGAUAAGUCUUAGAAAAUGUCUGUAGCAUGAUCAAGAACACUACAGAAUACUAUAUACUAUAAUCAUUUUGGUUUGUACUUCAAUGUUUAUUACUGUAUCUUUUUUGUAUUGUAGCAGAAAAAGUACAAGUUUAAAUCCUUGAAAUUUGAAGACUUCCCAUUAAUAAUUCAAUAUAUAUUUGACACAUAGAAUUGCACUGCUGACCUGUUAGAAUCCAUGAAACCAAGUAAGACAUUUCAAUAUGACCAUUUAUCUGCAUUUUUCUGGUCCAAGUCCUAAGUAGAUCACCACCAAAUUGUGUCUUAACAUGGGUAUAUGACUCUUGCACAAAGUUCCUUGUUACAGGUCUCCCCCCCCAACCUGUUUGGGAAACUAUAAAAUGCACUAUGAAAGACUUUUGUUAAGGAAGUAUGUCGAAGCACACCCCAGAAUGUUUUCUCUCGUGCUUAAUCAGCCAUCCAAGGUGACAUUUUUGCAAAACAUGUGCUGCUGGUCCCCUGCUAGUACUUUGUUACAGUUCCUGAUAGCUGUCCCUCGAAUCUUAAUAAACCUCUACCACCCAGACAUAAA